AUGUCACUGCACGCUUUGAGUCUGAAACGCUCAAGUCUGUUAGGUCGAGGAUUUGAUUCCAAGGAUGAUCCUAAGAAUGAAAAGGGUGAAAAUUCUCUGCAACUUUGGGGUAACGAUGCAUUUGAUGAAGAACGUGCUUUCAAAAACCGAGGCUGGGUGUCCGGUAUGAGUCGGACGUCGAAGUUUGGAAGCCCGGUUCUCCGGCUACGAAGAUUCAGUCAUUCUGUUAAUCUCCAGUGGGCCAAACAACUCCAUAAAUGCCAAACAGGAGGCCUUGCAGACUUACUCAAACAUGGCCUGGUUAGUCCCGCGGAGCGCAUUUAUGCCCAAUCUAUCGGCUCCUUCGUACCCAUUGACUGUGCGAAUACAAAAGACGAUGGAGAGGCUAAUCAGAUAAGAAACGUGGGUGGACGAUCACAGUUGACAAUAAAGAUGCGUGGUUAG